AUGUUAGCACAGAUUCUCACGUUAUUCUUAUUUUUAAACUUACGAUUGUACCAUGGAGGCUUGUUAGUAUUAGCUAGAAUGCCAAUGACAGUUGAUGACGAGAUGAACUCCACUUACAUGGCAGAGCAGGAUGAGUUUCUUGAUCGCCUAUUCAAUGGAUACAGGGCUGAUAAACGACCAUCCUCUAACGGACCUCUCGACAUCUCUUUCAGCCUCUACCUUCACCAUUUAAGUAUUUCUAAAGUUCAGAAUCCCACUGUUCGUUUUAAUUCAAUUAUGACAUUGGGUUGGUAUGAUGACAGACUGGGUUGGAAUCCAGCUGAUGAAAAAGGGAAGAUGAUUAGCGUAGUUCCAAGUAAUUACCGUGUGUGGAUGCCAUUGGUUAACAUAAUAUCGAAGGGUUAUUCUUCACGCAUCCCAAUAUACGCUUUUAAAAGCCGAACAGUUAGGUUGAGAGUCACAGACCCGGAGAGGUAUCAGAGAGCCAAAGUCACGAUGUCAUUUCGUUUCGAUGGAGCUUUCGAUUGUCAAUCAGCCGGAUCAUUUCCAUUCGAAAAAAUGAAUUGUUUCUCUCAUUUCUUAUUGCUGGAUCCCACCUUCCGAGGUCGCAUGAGAGUAUCAACUCCAAAUUUGCACGCGUACAGUUUGGCUCCCAUGUAUGAAGAUGAAGAUAGCGCUUUUGAUAUGAUAAAUGGGUGGGAAAUUCGGAAUGGAUUGCAAAAAAUACGAUAUUUCGAUCCUUUCAACGCUACAAAUAUAAUUGUUGAUGAAGUAAAAGACAACAAAAUAAUGAUGUCUUUAGUUGAAUGCCGUCUUGAACUUCUUCGCGCAGGAUGGACACUGCCAAUCGUUGUUCUUUCAUCCGUGCUUAUAUCAGCUAUAGUUUUGAUUGCAUCAUGGAUAACACCGUCCAGUUGGAGCAUUUACGUGAUCGUAUCACUUGUCUACACGACAAGCAUUUGUGUACGUUUGGCAUUAGGAAAAGUCAUAAUGCUGUCAGAUAGUUUACCCGGGCUAGACAUGUUUGUGAUCGUCAUUUGGAUCAGCUCAUGCGUCAGCUUACUCUUUCACUUAAUUAUCCAACAUUUUCCGUAUGAGACAAAACAACGUUUCCUCGUUUUCUCUCCUAUUUUGUCCAAAUGGCAGUUUUUCAAGAUGAUAGAGAACAUCCUUACAAAGAAGAAUUCCUCAGAGAUAUUGUCACUUGAACUGGAAUUCAUCCGAACGAUGGUUGCUUUCUUACUACUGGGCUCUCUCUGCUUCACUUUAAUACGCAUGAGUUAA